GCCGGCAGCUCCGCCCAGGACCGCCCUCCUCUCCGGGUUCGGCUGGCGCCUCCGAGCCCGGCGUUCGCGGCCCCGCCGGCCUGACUCCCCGAGCCUCUCCGCGCCCAAGCCGGAUCGUGGCCGCCGGCGGGCUGGGCACACCGAGACGCCAUGCCUCGGCUUUGACGUGCCGCCUUCGCGUGUUCCGCUUCUCCGGCUUCCCGCUCCCUUCCCGCGGCUUUCCUCUUGGAGCUCUUGGCUCGGCGCUGCGGUCGACCCCGACGACUCCGUCCUACCCUGAGAACCCCCGGGCGCCAUGGCCCAGCCCGGGAUCCCGGCCGCCCGCGGCGCCGCAGCCGGCCUCCAGGCCCAGAACGGGGCCGCCUCGGCCGCGGGGUCCCCCUACACCAACGGUCCUGUCCAGAAUACACUGAUGUCAUCACAAGUGUCAUCAAGCCAAGGAUAUGAUUCCCAACUUCCAGGAUCCUACCCUCGUCCAAUGCCAGCAAAGACUUUGAAUCCAUUCUCUGCACAGUCGAACUAUGGUGGUUCUCAGGGAUCUGGGCAGACUCUUAGUAGACCACUUGUGGCUUCCAGUCCAGUACCACCUUCACUUCACAGUGGUCCUACUCCCCGAAUGCCACUACCCACUUCUCAGAACCCAGCUGCUACACCAAUGCCUUCUGGUAGCUUUCUUCCUGGAGCCAACCCACCGCCACCUUUGAAUUGGCAAUAUAACUAUCCAUCUACAGGACCACAGACUAAUCAUUUUCCUCAUGUAGCUCAGCCAUCUCUAUCUGGGAAUACAAAUUUGACAGCAGAUCGUCAGUAUGUUUCUUCUGGAGACCCUGCACUUCAAACCAGCCUCAUAAAGCCAGGUUCUGCACUUCCCUUACAGAAUCCACCUCUGCCUACCACUUUUCAGCCAGGAGCUCCUCCCGGGCCCCCUCCAGCUGGAGGCCCACCUCCCCAGAAAACACUUCCGAGGGCUGCAGUCCCACCAUUUAAUUCAACUGUCACCCAAGAAGGUGUUCCAUCACAUGCCAAUAAUGGAUCUAUGGUGGCUCAUAGUCCUUACGAUGAAAUUGAAAGAGGUGGCUUCUUGGCAACACCACAGCUUACUAAUCAGAACCCCAAAAUGAGCCGAAGUGUGGGAUAUGCAUACCCCUCCCUACCACCUGGCUACCAAAACACAGCGCCACCUAGUGCAGCUGGAAUGCCACCCUCCUCCCUGAAUUACCCAAGUGGCCCCCAGGCCUUUGCUCAGACUCCCUUAGGUGCUAAUCAUUUAACUGCGAGCAUGAGUGGAUUAAGUCUACAUCCAGAGGGUCUAAGAGUUGUCAAUCUUCUUCAAGAAAGGAACAUGCUUCCCUCGACACCUUUGCAGCCUCCGGUUCCAAAUUUGCAUGAAGACAUCCAGAAACUCAACUGUAACCCAGAGCCCCAGCAAUUGCCUGUGGUCACCUCCAGUACAAUUGUGAGAUGCCGUUCAUGCAGGACUUACAUCAACCCUUUUGUCAACUUUCUUGAUCAAAGAAGGUGGAAAUGUAACUUAUGUUAUCGAGUUAAUGAUGUUCCUGAAGAAUUCAUGUACAACCCUUUAACCAGAGUUUAUGGAGAACCUCACAGAAGACCUGAGGUUCAGAAUGCUACUAUUGAGUUCAUGGCUCCUUCAGAAUACAUGUUACGACCACCACAACCUCCAGUGUACCUCUUUGUGUUUGACGUAUCUCACAACGCAAUAGAAACUGGAUACUUGAAUUCUGUUUGCCAGAGUUUGUUAGACAAUCUGGAUCUGCUUCCUGGCAACACUAGGACAAAAAUCGGCUUCAUAACAUUUGAUAGCACUAUCCAUUUCUACAGUCUUCAGGAGGGUCUCUCCCAGCCUCAGAUGCUAAUAGUUUCAGAUAUUGACGAUGUUUUUAUACCCAUGCCAGAGAACCUGCUAGUAAACUUAAAUGAAAGUAAAGAGAGUGUCAUUGUCAGUUCAGAAGAAUCUCUUAUUACCUGCCUGGAAAUUGCCAUGACAUAAUACAGUGAGAGGUGAACAGAAUGUGUCUGAAGGGGGGAUGUUGUCUACCCUGUACCUGCAUAUAUGGCGUAGGAUAACACUCACCUAGCAAGGCUGUGCUCCCCACUUUGUCAGUGGGGGCAGUGCUAUAGCACAAAGUAUUUUUCCCCAUUAAUUCUCUUUUAUCUGUACAACCUAACUUAAAUAGGCAGUUGGUUUUGACUUUGUUUUUCUUUUAUAGUAAUACUACUAGUUGGCAUUGUUACUGGAUAUCUUAGAUUUUGCAACAGGCAAGAGUUAAACUCAAGAGAAUAAAGUAUGUAAAGGUGAUGGAGAAAGCCAUGUUUCAUGGCAUUAAAAUAGAUAAAUUUCUAAAUUGUGAUGGUUCUUUUGCAUAUAUUCUGGACUUACAGUCUUGCUGGACUAUUGCAUGUGCAAGAACUGUAAGGCCCCAGUUUGAAUGUCUUGCUUGCCAAUUUAUAAUGUUUACUUAAAAUGGCUUUCUUGUCAUUGACCGACUUCAUUGUUUCUUGUAGUGUCCGUAGAUUCUCUGACCAUCAUCAUGAUUCAGUGUCCUGUCUGUUGUAUUAGAUAAUGAUU